AUGGCACAGACAGGAAAAGAAGUUGCUGAUCGGCCACCACCGGGUCAAACAACUCAACCAGAAGAAAAUGAAACACCUGGAGAAAUUGAAGGUCUUGACGAAGAAAAAGAUGAAGUUAGUGAACUUCGACCAUCACAGUUUAAUGCAGCUAUGGAUCUUUCAGCAGCAGCCUAUUCUCCAUUCAGUAAAUACCGUGGUUCAAUUGCAUCUACGGAGGGUUUUGAACAUAAUCUUCAUGUUUUGGCUAAAGACCAAUAUCCAGGUCGUGCCAUGGGUAUAUUUACUAGCGGUGGAGAUGCACAAGGAAUGAAUCCCGCUGUUCGAGCAGUUGUUCGUAUGGGUAUUUAUCUUGGCUGUAAAGUUUAUUUUAUACAUGAGGGUUAUCAAGGUCUAGUUGAUGGUGGUAAUAGUAUUCGUCAAGCAACAUGGGCAUCUGUAUCUGGAAUUCUUGAUGAUGGUGGAACAAUUAUUGGUAGUGCACGUUGUAAAGAAUUUCGUGAAAGACCCGGUCGUUUACGUGCUGCAAAAAAUCUCAUCGAACAUGGUAUUAAUAAUAUUGUAUGUAUUGGUGGUGAUGGAUCGUUAACUGGAGCAAAUUUAUUUCGUAAAGAAUGGGAUAGUCUUUUGAAGGAACUUGUUGAAACAAAGGAAAUUACACAAGAAGAUGCUGAUAAAUAUAAACAUUUAAAUAUUGUUGGUCUUGUUGGAUCAAUUGAUAAUGAUUUCUGUGGUACGGAUAUGACUAUUGGAGCUGAUUCAGCUUUACAUCGUGUUAUGGAAGCUGUUGAUUGUAUUACAACAACCGCUUCAAGUCAUCAACGUUGUUUUGUUAUGGAAGUAAUGGGUCGUCAUUGUGGUUAUUUAGCAUUAGUUACAGCUCUUGGUUCGGAUGCUGAUUGGGUAUUUAUGCCUGAAGCACCACCUGAUCCAGGAUGGGAAGAUCAAUUAUGUAAUAAACUUAAAACUACACGAGAAAUGGGUCAACGUUUAAAUAUCAUUGUUCUUGCUGAAGGUGCAAUUGAUACUGAAGGUAAACCAAUAACUAGUGAUGGUGUUCGUCAGCUUAUUACCGAUCGACUUAAAUAUGAUACACGUGUAACUAUUCUUGGUCAUGUACAACGUGGUGGUUGUCCAUCGGCAUUUGAUCGAGUUCUUGGUACUCGAAUGGGUACAGAAGCUGUUCUUGCAUUGAUGGAAGCAACAGCAACAUCACAACCGGUUGUUAUUGCUCUAAGUGGUAAUCAGACAGUUCGUGUACCAUUGAUGCAUUGUGUAGAAAAAACUCUGGCUGUUGCUCAAGCUAUGGAAGCAAAACGUUUUAAAGAAGCUCAAGAAUUACGUGGUAGAAGUUUUAAAGGAAAUCUCGAAACAUAUAUUCGUCUCAGUAAAUUACGACCAAAAUUAUUUUCUAAUAAACAGCAAUCAUUUAAUUUGGCUGUGUUAAAUAUUGGUGCACCUGCCUGUGGUGUUAAUGCAGCUGUUCGUUCUAUCAUACGUUAUGGUUUAUGUGAAGGACAUAAGAUGUAUGCUAUUUUUGAUGGAUUUGAAGGUUUAAUUAAUAAUCAAGUUAAAAGUUUGGAUUGGAUGGCAGUAAAUGGUUGGAGUAGUGUAGGAGGUUCAUUACUUGGUUGUCAAAAAACAAGUGCAGCGAAAAUUGGUUUAGGAAAAAUAGCAGCAAAAAUUCGUGAACAUAAUUUUCAUGCGUUAUUAAUUAUUGGUGGAUAUGAAGCAUAUACAUCAGUUAUUCAAAUGUAUGAAGCAAGAAAUAAACAUCCUGAAUUACAGAUACCUCUUAUAUGUAUACCAGCAACUAUUUCAAAUAAUGUACCCGGUACUGAAUUUAGUAUUGGUGCUGAUACUGCACUCAAUGAAAUCGUUCGAAUUUGUGAUAAAAUUAAACAAUCUGCACAAGGUUCAAAACGACGUAUUUUUGUUAUUGAAACUAUGGGUGGUUAUUGUGGAUAUUUAGCUACAUUAGCUGCACUUGCUAGUGGUGCUGAUCAAGCCUACAUCUAUGAAGAACCAUUUACAAUCAAAGAUUUAAUUGAUGAUGUUGAUCAUUUACGUAAAAAAAUGGAGGGACAUUUAAAACGUGGUUUAUUACUUCGAAAUGAAAUGGCUAAUGAACAUUAUUCAACUGAUUUUAUUACAAAAUUAUUACAAGAAGAAGGUAAAGGUGUAUUUAGUGCACGAAGUAAUGUUCUUGGCCAUAUGCAACAAGGGGGUUUACCAACACCAUUUGAUCGUGCAUUUGCUACAAAAAUGGGAUGUAAAGCAGUUACAUAUGCAGUAUCAUUAAUUGAAAAGGUCGCAACUCCGGAUGGCAAAGUUGUUUGUAAUACACCAGAAAGUGCAGUUGUCUUAGGUUUAUUAAAGCGACAAAGUGAAUUUACACCUGUUGAAAUUCUUAAACCUAAAACUGAUCUUGAACAUCGUAUGCCACUUGAACAAUGGUGGCUUAAACUUCGACCAUUACUUCGAAUUUUAGCUAAACAUGAAAGUGUAUACAUCGGUGAUUUUGUUGAAUCAGGUGUUGAUGAAGUCGAUCAGUAA